UUGUUCAUGAUUGUUCGGAUUCGGUGUCUGUUCGGAUUCGGAAAAACCACAUUGAACUGAUUUGAACAGUAAGAAUGGACGAGACAGAGCUUUUCCCAUCGCCCAACUGGUUCCACCAGACCUGCAUGGCUGUCACCACUGAUGGCUGGAUCAUUUAUGGCGGGCCGACUAAGACCCUUUGUGUUUUGGAGCCUCUACCUGAUAGCUACGAAACGAUUAUAGCAGAGAAGAACUAUAAAGCCCACGUGAUAAACAAAGCUACUGCUACAUCGCAGAAGAUAGUAAGUGUAGACAUAUCACCAGAAUGGCCGAAGAAGCGCCUCAUAAUAACAGGUUCAGCGGAUGGAGCCGUCCGGCUGUGGAGUCUUGCUCAUGAUGAGGACAAUGUUCUCCGCGUGAAGACUGUGCAAGUGCAUGAUGUUCACACUAAAGACAAUGAGGAAAUAGCAGGAGUGGGAUACAGCACUGAAGAAUAUGCCAUUUCAGUUGGUUGUUACGGUAACCUUGUCAAGUGGAACUUGAACACGAAUGUUGUGACAAACCACAGCCAGUUCUUGAAGAAGUUUCGGCCAUCUUGUAUGAGUUGCUCAAGACAUGCUCCUCUGCAAGUGGCGGUCGGGACGAAGCAGGGGUUGCUGUUCCUACUGGACUUGAAUGGUAAAGGGAAGGUGUUAUACAAAGUGCGGGCACAUGACGAUGAGAUGCUGCAUCUAAGCUGGUGCCCACAGUAUGAGGUUGUCGUCAAGAAACAGCUGAUGGAUGUUGCACAGAGCCGCAUGUCAAAGCUAAGGAAAGCCCUAGAUGCUGAGGCCGAAAUUGAAAACAAAGAUGAAGUACUUUCAUUUAAAACAAAUGAAAGCACAUGUAUGAAGAAAACAGAUAAACAGACGCCAAAAACAGAAAAAGCUGAACAUUCGGAAGAAGAAGUAGAAGAGGAAGACAUGUUUGACAUGUACAAAGACCAUGAAGAUAAUGAAUUUGGCCACAAAAAGUUUCAGGCAACAGAUGUCUAUGUAAAGGUAAAAGCUCAAACAAAAGAAAAUGACUUCUUAGCUGAGUGUUUAAAAUUGAAAUCGGAGAUUUUGAAACGGAAAAGUGAACCGGAACCAUCAAUAGAGUCUUUAGUCCAGAAACUUGAUGAAACUCAUGUGGAUGAAAAAGUUGCGAAAAAUGGUCCUUCAGAAAAUGGUUCAGGAGAUUCAGCUAAAGAUAAUGAAGCUGAUGUGACUGAAGAAAGUGGUCAUAGUAGCUCACAUGUUCAUAGACAUCUAUUAGCGACUAUAAGCAAACACGGGACUGUACGCAUCUGGUCUAAGACUGGAAAGCAAAUCUCAAGUUGCCAAGUCUCCCAGGUUUCAAAUAAGUUGCAAAAUAAACCGAAAGGCUCCGGAUUCUGGCUGUCUCUGCUCUGGUACCGACCUGACGCUUUACUGAUAUCUGAUCUGAAGAGCCAACUGUUGGUCUGUAAUCCAUUGAAUAUGGAUUGCAAACUGAAGCUAGAAUGGAGCGUCUUACACUCAGCACACAAGCGCAACCUCUAUGGCAUAGCGUCCACCGCUCCAAGAGUGCAGACUUCAACCACGGAGGUGGAGGACUGGCCAAUAUUCACCGUGGCUCAGGACCGGGCAGUCAUCCAAUACUCAUUGAAAGAGAAGAAGAUUGUCCGGAGUCAUGCUACCUGUGGCGGCUUUGUGUACAGCAUUGCUACUUGCCCGUAUGACCCUAAGAAAAUAGCAAUAAGCGUCGGCGACGGCGCGGUCCGCGUCUGGGAGCUCGACACCACAGCCGACGACGCUCGCCUGUCCAGCCAGCACGUCACCACCUACUGGCAACACGUGCAGGGGAAGGUGCUGACCGUCGCCUGGCAUCCGAUGAAGGAGAAUAGACUGGCUUUCGGCACUGCUGAGUCUAGGGUGGGCAUAAUAGACACGUCCGGCAGACAGGAGCGUCCCGCCAAGACGCUGCCGGGCGCGCUGAGCGGCGGCGUGUACUCUCUGUGCUGGGGCGGCGGCGCGCUGCUGGCCAGCGCUGGAGGCCAGCUGGCCAAGUACACGGACAAGAGUGACCAGGCGCCCGAGAUAAUAGACAUCGUAGUCGAAGGUGCCAAGUGGAAGGUGUGCGAGGUGUACUGGAGCGAGCGCGCGCUAUUGGUCGGCAGCGAGGACGGGGGCGUGGCCGCGGUGACGUCACGCGCGCCGCAUGUGGCUGUCGCCGCCGCUUUCCCGUUCAAUAAACUGAUCCACUGCAUCGACUGGCACCCGCAGCAAGUAUCAGAGAGCAAUGAAGAGUCUCCCCUCAAGAACCUGAUCGCCGUCUCGUCUCUGGACAAACAGAACGCCAUCGCCAUCUUAGAGCUUAGCGAGAAAGAGGAUGGCAACAUAGGCCUGUCGAGUUGGAAGAAGCUGUCGGGACACAAGGGGGCGGUACUACGCGUGGCGUGGAACCCUCAUAGAGAUGGAAUCCUGCUGUCUUCCUCACAGGAUUGCACUGUCAGGGUAUGGGACGCGGUUCAAGGCGUGUGCACAUCAACAUUCGGCGGCCACAGCGCUAGUGCGCUGAGCGCGGCGUGGCUGGCGGCGCCGGCGCUGGCGGCCGCGGCGCUGUCCGGCGGCGGCGACUGCUGUCUGAGAGUCUUCCGUACUAGUGACCACCCCGCGGAUAUGUAUGAUGAAAGUAAACACGAAGGCGCAAUAGCGCUCGCCAAAAUCAAAACCAAGAAGAACAAAAAAGCCACCGACGCCCCGAAAGCUGCUACACUCGAGGACGAAAACUCACCAGAAGAUACUGCCAAAGUUAUUGUCAAAGAAACUAGUCAAAAAGAUGACGACCAUACAAGUCACGACGAAGAGGAGGUAGCAAUAGUAGCAAAUGCCAGUAAAGAUAAAAAAUCCAAACCGUCCUCGAAGUUCCUCGUCUCAUAUCAAAAUAAGUACAGCACGCACAGCCUGCAAGCUUGUCGAAAACUGCUCAGCAGAAUAAAAAAUAAAGACGAGAAAGUUAACGAUACGGACGACUGCGAAAUUAAGUUCGUGAAAAUGUUCGGCAGCACCAAUGAAGUUAACGAGUUGCUGGAUGAAGAAGCGGAACGCCACAUCUCAUUCAAAAACCACGAGUCGUGGAUAAUGCUGUCCAUAUUCCGAGGCAACAUGGACAAGGUGUUCGAGUAUGCCAGUGAGAAGGACAUGAUCUGCCCUUUCCUACUGAGCAUAGCGCCGUGUGUGUCGUUCAAAUACUGGAAAGACACUACUCAACUUUACCUAGCACAAUUAGAUAGACUUAUAGCCAAAGGAGAUGAUUCUAAAUUGAAUGCUCAGAAAUCCUACGGCGGCGCGAUCUACCGCAAGGUGGCGGUGCUUCUAGCCGUGCACGACGCGCGCGCCGCCGUGGCCGAGCUGCGCAUGCGCGGGAUGUACACCGAGGCCUACUUGCUGGCCCGGACUAGGUACAUGGACAGUAUAGCUGAGGAGACGCUGCAAGAGUGGGCGCAGUGCAUGAGACAAAAUGGCGUGUCCAGCACCGCCGCUUUACUCUACCUAGCCCUAGGCGACCUGGACUUGGCCGCGUCGACGCUCAGCCGCUGCACCGACGAGGAGCAACUGAGCCUUGCAGCAGAGAUCGCCAAGACCUCCGGACAGACCACUCUCUCCAACCACAUUAUAGAGAAGGUGAAGAUGAACGCGACCGCAGCGCCCUCUGUGGAUGAGUUGGCAGAGCUGCCGUCUCGGCUGGAGUGCCUUAUUAUGAAGGAGAAGAGUGAGAGGAGUGAGGCAGUGGAAGGGUCGUAGUUUAGAAGAGUUAAAUCUCAUCAAUCUCAGGAUCUCGGAAUGGAAUGGCUUUACUCGAAUAGCAAAAUGUAUUUUCAGUUAGCUCAAAUCUGGAUUACUGUAAGAGAUGGCUAAAUAGUUACCCAACAUUUUAUUCUGAUGUGCAGUAUUCUUUUAAAUCACAAAUUGUAUCUUUCUUUUAUAUCAUUUUAUAUGGGAUAAGUGAUCUUAAUUCCAACAUCAGCUG